AUGUUACUGAUCAGAAAUAAUGGUUAUUGGAUAUAUCGAUUGAAUCGUUUAUUAUCUUCAUGUCAAUCAAAAAAUGGAGAAAAUCUGUUCUCAUCAUCGAUGGCAUUGAGCUCAACAAUGAAGAAACUUUUUGAUUCGAAGCAAUACAAAGAAGCUCUAAAUCUCUUCGAUCAAACUUUUGAAAUAUCUACCGACUCGGCUAUCGAUAUGGCAAUAAAAGCAUGUACCAUAUCAAAAGAUUACAAGCAUGGUAUUCGCAUUCAACAAAGACUUUCAUCCACGUCACGAAAUAAUUGUUAUAUUCAAGCUGCAUUACUUUGCUUUUAUCUGGAAUGCAAAGAUAUUGAUAAUGCAAUGCACCUAUUCUCUUCCAUUACAAAUAAGUCCAAUUAUAUGUAUACAGUUGUGUUUAAAGGUCUAAUUACUAAUAAUAUGGCAGAGAAGGUACUGGAUUUAUUCGAUGAAAUGAAAAUUGAACCUAAUCAGUUUACUCUCAAUACCUUGUUUAAUGCAUGCGCUGUACUUAAUAAUAAUCGAGCGAUGAAAACAGGAAAAAAACUUCUUGAUAAAAUGCCAGAGAAUCAUCGAAAUGAUAAUAUCACAUCAACUUCAGCAAUUGACAUGUUAAUGAAAUUUAGUGAUGUUGAAAGUGCCGAACGAAUUUUCAGACCAAUGAAAACAAAAAAUAUUAUUACUUACGGAGCUAUGAUGAAAGAUAAUUAA